GAUUGCAUACCAGUCCUUGACAACGGUCAUUGUGGGAUUGACGCUGAACGACCUGGCCGAACGGAUGCACGUGGAAAAUGCUUUGCAACUGCAUAACCUUUUUCUUGGUCGUGCCAUUGGAGCAGUUUUUGGAACAAUGCUAGGAGGAUGGCUUUGCGACGUGUGUCCCAUCAAGCUGGCCAUGAGCUCAGCUUUGUCCGUGAUUGCUGUGCCAUUUUCAGCGUCCACCGGCAAUGCUUGGGUUUUGUCAGCCAACUUCUUUCUUCUCGGUUGCGUGGGCUCUGCCUUGGUUUCCUUCACAGUCUCUGCUGCCUGCUGGAGCUUCCCUGGGAAGGAGGUGGGCCCUGUGCUGGCGACCUGCAAUGGAGCUUUUGGUAUGACCAGUGCAGCGUUGCCACUGAUAUUUAAGCUGCUGCACUUGCAAGGCUUCGCAGUCGUAGAGUAUAGCUUUGUGGCCGUUUGCUCGCUCCCGCCGCUGGCGUUCCUACUGGCAAGCCAGGCGCCCACUCGACCAGUGGAGAGAAGCUUUGAAAAAGAAGAAGAGGAGGAGCCCGGCGAUUCCCCUAGCAAGGCCGUGCGCCAGUGGAUGGCAGUGAUAGCUGCUGCACUGGCACAGUUCCUCUUUUCUGGAGCCAGUUCUGCUUUGCUUAGUUGGAUCGUAUCGUACUCAGCCAACGAGCUGCACGACCGAUCCAUGGCACCUUUGCUUGUGAGCCUUUUGCAGGGUUCCCUCAUGCUGGGCUCCUUCAGUGCUUCCAGAUACCAGCAAUACUUUGCUUUGUGGGAUCUAGCUCGUGGACAGGUUUUUGCUGUGCUGUUUGGCCUUUUGCUUUGGCUUCCCUUCACGGAUUCGGUGAUUGCCACAGUGCUGGCCCUUGCAUGGUAUGGUUUGGCAGGUGGACCACUGGUGACCUACUGCAGUACUUUGUUGAACCAGCACUGUAGCCCCAGUGGGGUUCAGCUGGCAGUCAUCAAUGUUGGUGGAAAUUUUGGUGCCAGCGCAGGACCCUUCAUUGUUGGCAUUCUGAUGAUUCAAACAGGGCCCACAGCUCUUCCCUGCACAGUGUCUUACGCCUUCCUAGCAGCGCUGCUGGGCUUCGGUGUGGCUUCCAUCCAACGUCGCGGAAACAAACCUGAGCCCUUGCUACAGAACGCGGGGCCCUGA